AAACAAAGAUUUGUCAUCGCAUUUUUGACGUAAACGUUCGAUUACGAGUGGCUUACAAUUAUUUACAAAAAAUGGCGACUGAAGUAGAGGAAACCAUCAAGCGGAUUCAGGCCCAUAAAGGGGUAAUGGGAGUGAUCAUUGUAAACCACGAAGGCAUUCCGAUCAAGAGCUCCUUGGAUAAUGCUACUUCAGUCCUGUAUUCCGGUCUCAUUGGGCAGCUCACAGAGAAAGCUAAGAACGUUGUCAGGGAGAUGGAUUCCUCAAAUGACUUGACAUUCCUGCGCGUGAGGAGUAAACGCCAUGAGAUCCUGAUUGCCCCAGACCGCGAAUUCAUACUCAUUGUCAUACAAAACACAUCAGACUAAUCAUUUCAGUUAUAUGUGUAAAGUGAUGGUAAUAUUUUUUUUACUGGCCUCUAUUAUUGCAAACACUUGAAAACUGGUCAGAAUCACAAAGAAUUUGUCUAUAGCCCUAAUGUUAUAAAUACAUAAUUUAUGAUAUAGAUUCCAUCCAGUUUUUAUCACUUUAUAGAUGUAGAUCACUUGAGAUCAGUUACGUUAAACAUAAUCCUUAUAUGUGUCAUUUAGUCAUUAUUAAGUGAUAAUUAGUAA